AUGAAGCUCAAAAGCCCAGUUGGCUUUGGCUCACAGGACCUGAACCGACUGCCCCAAACGCACAAGGAGCCCUCACUGCUCUCCCAGAACUCCAUCUCCAGCUGGUCUCACAGCUACUCUUCUCCGGAGGUACCUGAAAUCAAUGAUGACGCGUUGGACGAGGGGAGGUGGACAGGUGUAGAAGCACUCUCUCUGCCUCUCCUGCUGCAGGUGUGCUUCAUCGGCCGAAGCAACGUGGGGAAAUCAUCUUUGAUCCGGGCCCUGUUUUCACUGUCUCCAGAAGUGGAGGUCAGAGUGUCAAAAACUCCGGGCCACACCAAGAAGAUGAACUUCUUCAAAGUAGGGAAGUACUUUACUCUGGUGGAUAUGCCGGGAUAUGGCUACCGUGCCCCACAAGACUUCGUGGAGAUGGUGGAGGCCUAUCUGCAGGAACGGCACAACUUGAAGAGGACUUUUCUAUUAGUUGAUGGUGUAGUAGGACUCCAGAAAACAGAUCAUAUUGCAGUAGAGAUGCUGGAAGAGUUUGGGAUUCCUUAUGUGAUGGUGUUAACAAAAAUUGACCGAGCUUCCAGGGGACUGUUGUUAAAGAACGUACUGGAGAUCCAGGAGUUUGUAAAGGAGAAAACUCAGGGAUGCUUUCCUCAGCUGUUCCUGGUCAGUUCUCUGGAGUUUUCGGGGGUUCACUUGCUAAGGUGUUUUGUAGCCCAUGUUACUGGAAACCUGCCUACUGUAGAGGCCAGCUGAAAAGACUGGCUCCCGAUCUGCUCGGCUCAUCCAGAACAAAAGGUGCAGCAUGGUAGCAUACCUUGCCUGCAGGCAUCGAGUUGUCCCUCUUCCAGGUGGAUGAAGGAAAGCACUCAUCUUUAAUGGCGAUCUGCUUUUUGAUCACUGUUGGCUUGAAACGGAGUGGAAUAAAUGACUGACACCUAGGGGAACUCUCUCCUUCUGCACUUUAUCAUCCGUCAGUACUGCAUCUACCUUCUGUUUUAAAUCCAGCAUGAAGUUCUGCAGCUGCACUCGGAUGAAUUGCCAGAGAUGAGACACAUUGUCUGUUACCUGCAUCUGUUCUACCCUGGCAGCUGGAGCACAAUACUGAUGUCCCGUACUCUUUAGGGGCACUGCAAUAGCUGGCAGAACUGUGUCCCACAGCAGCUAAGAGCACCUGAAGUUGGCUUGUUACAAGGCACAGGAUUGGAAAAAAAAGGACUGCCAUCAAUAGCAGUGGCUGUUACAAGAGAAUUUAGACCGAAGCUGUUAAGUGCCUGUGUCAAACUCUGGCACUCAGUCUCGUCGUGUCUUAACAUUGCCAGAUGGGCGUAUGCAGUUGUCAAAGUUACUUACUUACGUUAAGUGUUUAAACCUCAAGAGAGGGUAGGUCUUUUGUGAACCAUACUGAGGUAUUUCUAGUGUUUUGUUUCUUUAUCGAAUUUGUCAUAACUUUCAGACUAGACCUGAGGAGAGGUCUGUUUUCAGCAUACAUCUAAGAAAGGGGGCCGGGGGGGAAUGGCAUAGAAAGAUGUGGAACUCUAGUUUCCACAUCUUAGCAGAGAUCAAACCUGUAAUUCUCUAGUAUUUUACCUCUAAUCCCAAAGUGCUCCAGAGUGAACCAGCCCACAGGAUGCGUAUUCCUAGGGGGAUGUGCAGUAAUAUCUAGGCAGAUGGAACAGGUGCAAGCGAACACUUUGGGAAUAAUAUUUUUCUUAGUAUCUUAAAACCAGGAUCUUCCAAAAGCAUCUGUCUUGAAGGCUGUCAUUUUCAAGGCCUCAGCCUUGACUGAAGAGCCUCUGAAAAUAAGUCUGUAUAUGUAGAAGAGUGCAGUUCCCUUUUUUAGUCCCUCUUCAGAACAAAACACCUUACAGUGCUAGGAAGUCUUUUAUUGACCACUUAAAUACAUUAAGUAUGUCUGGUAAAUCCAUUUGUAUAAAAAGUGCUUUGAAAUGGCAGCAGACUGGGAAUUGGACCCCAUGAUCCUUGUGGGUGUGUAUAGUUGCCAUGAGGUGUCCUUAGUGGAAGCCACAUGGAGCUAGGUGACAGAGUUUCCUACAGCUGUACUAGAAACAGUAGGUACGGUCUUAUCCUGAAGAACAAGCUUUACCUCUGGACACAUCUGGGUUUUCUGCUGUAUUGGUCAAAAGAUCUUCAUUCACAAAUGCUUCAAAUACUGGAAUAACUAACUUGCAUUUUCCUCAGCCAUCUGCAGGAGGGAACACCACAGUUGUUACAUGCAAGAAUCAAUGCCCCUGUGACAAUUAAGGUAGUAAAUAAAAUCAAGUCCUCUCCUUCACUUAAACAUUAAAACUUACAUUCAGGUGCCUUCAUGGGAACAUGCUUCGGGUAAACAGGCGUCUGACGCACUAGCAGACUUUCUUGCCAAGUUCUUAAGGAACAUGCUGUGUUGCUGAGUGAGGAACUGCACUGUCUCAGGCCGGGGACACAAAAGCUCUCCCUGUCUUUUUCCCUGCUCAUUGAUCAAUGGUGGGCCUGGUAGCAUACUGAAGUAGUAGAGAUCAUUUCAGUUUUAAAUGCUUUUGAUGUCUUAAGUUGUUUGCAGUGUAUACACCACACGGCAGGCACCCAGCAUUAUCUUGUAAAGCUUUGCCUCUUCUGCACCUGUCAUUUACAGAAGUGAUGUUGAAUACAGGCUUCUAUGGAAGAGGAUUUCGCCUUGUGCAUCUUUCCCGUCUUUCAGCAGUACUUUCUCCUUUUUCUUCCUCUACUGUGUCUGCUCUAGUCUGUCACCAUAAUCCUGGCACUACAAAGCCAGUAUUUUGACCGUAUUCUUGCAACAGUCCCCUAGAGUCACUAUAGUGUAGAAUGCAUUUUAGUAGGGACCUUGACCAGAUGCUAUGUCAAUAAUUCUGUUAGUAUUAAUGAAGUAACCUAAACGGGUUUCUUGGGUUAUUUUAAAAAGCAGAGGGGGCAGGGUUUAGCAGGUAGACAUUUCAGAUUUAGCCUCUCUGAGGCAUUUACACAGAGAGGCAACAUGCACUAAGGCAGAAAGAGCUCUGGUUUACUGUCACUUUGAAGGUUGUUUCGGUGUUGCCUUCUUUCACUCUUUCUCUUGUCUAAAGUCUUGCUCCUUGGGCUCAGCAUUGUUUUCAGACUCUGCUCAGAACUAGGAUGUAUUGCGGUAGAAGCUCUCUGGUACAGUAUGAAACAAAUUUUGGAUGCCAGACAGAACAUGCCAAGUGUUGAAUGCAGGAAAUUCAUUCCGCAUUAAGUAGGGUGGCUGCCCGUGAGAAGCAAGAUACUGCUACCUCAACUAUCAAAAUUCCUGGCAAAGGAGGAAACAGAAAUUUUAGCAGCAGCUAAUGUUUCCAGUCUGUAUCACUGGCUAAUCCUACUUAUGCUUGAGAUUACUUUUAGUACCUGCUUAUCCCAGCUACAACAUGAUGCUGUAUUUUACAGAGAAAUUGUAGCUGUUUCUGUGCAAGCAGGGACAAACCCAGGGAGACAUACAGCUUCUUACCUCGCUCUCCUGCUUAAGUGUUUUGGAAACAGAGUAAGGUCAGAACCCAAUUACAGAAGAGGCAGAGGAGGGAGGAAUAAGUUGUGGUUUUGUCCCAUGCUACAAACAGGACACAAGAUGAGAGGAAAGGAACAGAACUAAGAAAAGGCAAACCGAUCUCACAUUACAUCCAAAAAUAAAGAUGGUAAGUUAAUAAAUUGAGAGGCUGUCACAGGUGAAUUAUUAAGAGAAGUCAUCGUUGUGGGAUUAACCAAAAGGUUUUAUUAAACAGUGAUUAAAUGAUGAUUAAACAAUGAUUAGACAGUGGUCAAA